AUGGUGCUAGCGACUGUAAUCAAUCUCAAGGUCCUAGAGGCUAUAGCUGAGGCAGGGCCGGAUGCCAAACUCACGGCUCAUGAGAUUGUGUCUCGUUUAUUGAUCUCUAACCAAGAUGCCCUAGACAUGGUUGACCGAAUGCUUCGUUUGCUUGCGAGCCAUUCAAUAGUCACUUGCACCGAAAGGGUACAUGAAUCAAGGCCGGUUCGAGUGUAUGGACUCACACCCGUUGCCAAAUACUUCAUCCCGGAUGACGACGGAGUGUCCUUAGGUGCGGUGUUGGAGCUUGCACAAGACAAGGUUUUAAUCGACUCUCGGUAUGUUCAUUCUAUAAAGAGAUAA